AUGAUUCGAUUGAACGUUCCUCUGGUACCUGACAAAAACGUUCUCAACAAUCUAUUCGAGAAAAACAUUUGUACGGUAAACGACUUCCUCCAAAAGAAAACUUCUAAUUUGCAAAGUGUAUGCAAAUUACAAUGCAAGGAAAUAACAAAACUAAAAGAUACUAUGACAGUAAAGUGUUCAUCACCAUUAAUUAAUGGACACACACUUUAUUUAAGUAAAACAUUAUCGACAUUCAUUCCAACUGGAAUUGUUAAAUUAGAUAACCUACUUGAUGGAGGAUUAUUUGUUGGUAACAUAUAUGAACUAUGUGGCCCAUCUGCUUGUGGAAAAACUCAACUAAGUAUUAGUAUUCUAUUAAAUAUUAUAAUAACUACAAAAAAAGAUAUAGUUUACAUAGAUACUAGAAACAAAUUUUCUGUGAAAAGAAUUAAACAAAUGUUGAAAAAUAAAAAUAUGACAAAUAAUGAAAUCAAUGAUAUUUUGAAGAAAAUUCAUGUGUUCUCGGUUAUAGACAUUUACAAUUUAAUAACUUGCUUACAUAGUCUAAAAGAAAAAUUGGACUCUAUCAUAAUCAUAGAUUCUCUACCUGCACUAUACCUAUCAUUUAUAGGAUUGUAUAAGAAUGAUGGUUUAUGCUAUAUAAAUCAUAUAAGUUCAGUUUUAAAAUAUUUAUGCAAUAAAAAUGCGACAAUUUUGGUAACAAAUUUAGCUGUGAAAAAUUGUGAUUUUACAAAUGAUUUCAAGCCCGCUAUUGGAAAAUAUUGGUUUCAUACACCCAACACAAGAUUAAUGAUCACUACAAUAAUAAAUCAACAACAACAGAUGUGUAUAAAUAUUCCAAAAAGUGUAUACAUACCUUUAGAUAAUAAAUGUAUAUUAAGUAUUAAUGAUCAUGGAGUUUCAUGA